CACAAGGGAGGCAAUAAAAACGAAAAAGUCAACAGUUUUAUUGCCGAUUCAGCAGAGCGUUGACUUUUGACCCAUCACCCCUUUCAACUUUUCUUCAACGCACGUUACCUUUGGACGUUUUUAAAGUCUACAAAUGAGUUCACGGCAGCAGCCAAAGGUACAGUUUCCAGAGUUACAGUUUCCUGACGCGGACGAGAACGAUCUGACUCAGAAAACGAUUCUCAAAGGCGUUAAAUCUCAACUACAAUGCCCCGGCUGCAAACUAUUAUUCGAGGACCCUCGGGUGUUGACAUGCUCACACACAUUCUGUCGACAGUGUUUAGAGAAAGCGCAUAUUCAACCCAACAAAGGGGUCAAGUCCGAGUCGGGGGAGGAAAUGCAGUACAUCGUUUGCCCGGAGUGCAACAUGCAGACUGAGUUGCCUGACGGUGAUUUCUCUCAACUCCAGUACAACUUUUUCGUUCAGCAUAUUAUGGAUCUGAUGUCAUACUACACAAGUCCUGAACCCGUGCCGUUGGUCUUUUGCGGAAUGUGCCGGAAAGAUGGAAUUGAUGAGUUGCCUCCGGCGGUCGCGAGAUGUUCAACGUGUACCAUGUUCAUGUGCAAGCAGUGCUAUGAAUUGCACAGUCUCGACGAUUUCACAAAGCUUCAUUCAACACUCUCGAUUACAGAGAGAACCGAUUCCGGGCUUUUCAGUUUUCUAAUUCCGGACGAAACGACAAUCAAGACUUGCAAGAAGCACAAUUGGAGACCGUAUAUGUUCUUCUGUAUCACCUGCAGUAAAGGGAUCUGUGACUUCUGCAUAAAACAGGACCACAAAUUGCAUCUGUUUGCGAAAGCCGAGGAAUUGCAUGCUGAUUACUCUACCUAUAUCAAAGAUAUUCUGUCUCGUACGGCUUGCCUCCAACGGAGAACUGAGAAUGGAAUUCGAACCACACAGGAUUUGAUGUCCGGGAUUCAGUUGCUAGCGGCAACACAGAUUGAAGAGGUGCUUCGUACUCACGAUGUGCUCACUAGUGCUCUCGAGGGUCGACUGAAUGUCCUGCUUCAGGAAGCAGAACAAAUUGCCUCAGAGGCUAAGAAAAAAGACAGUGGUAGCAAAUAAUAAUAAUUGUUUAAACUGCUUUGUCUACAAUUUUGUUAUAAUUGUUUAUUGACGCCCUCGA